AUGCACCUACUGGUGUACCUAGUAUUUUACCUAGUGGUGUACCUAGCAGUGUACCUACUGGUCUACCUACCGGUAUACCUAGUGGUUUACCUCCUGGUGUACCUACUGGUGUACCUACUGGUGUACCUACUAGUGUACGUAGCAGUGUACCUACUGGUGUAUCAAGUGGUUUACCUACUGGUGUACCUACUGCUGUACCUAGUGGUUUACCUACUGGUGUACCUAGUGGUUUACCUACUGGUGUAUCUACUGGUGUUCAUACUGGUGUACCUACUAGUGUACGUAGCAGUGUACCUACUGGUGUAUCAAGUGGUUUACCUACUGGUGUACCUACUGCUGUACCUAGUGGUUUACCUACUGGUGUACCUAGUGGUUUACCUACUGGUGUAUCUAGUGGUUUACCUACUGGUGUACCUAGUGGUGUACCUAGUGGUGUACCUACUGAUGUACCUAGUGGUGUACCUACUGGUGUACCUAGUGGUGUACCUACUGGUGUACUUAGUGGUGUACCUACUGAUGUACCUAGUGGUGAACCUACUGGUGUACCUACUGCUGUACCUAGUGGUUUACCUACUGGUGUACCUAGUGGUUUACCUACUGGUGUAUCUACUGGUGUUCAUACUGGUGUACCUACUAGUGUACGUAGCAGUGUACCUACUGGUGUAUCAAGUGGUUUACCUACUGGUGUACCUACUGCUGUACCUAGUGGUUUACCUACUGGUGUAUCUAGUGGUUUACCUACUGGUGUACCUAGUGGUGUACCUAGUGGUGUACCUACUGAUGUACCUAGUGGUGUACCUACUGGUGUACCUAGUGGUGUACCUACUGGUGUACCUAGUGGUGUACCUACUGAUGUACCUAGUGGUGUACUUAGUGGUGUACCUACUGAUGUACCUAGUGGUGAACCUACUGGUGUACCUACUGAUGUACCUAGUGGUGUACCUACUGGUGUACCUACUGAUGUACCUAGUGGUGUACCUACUGAUGUACCUAGUGGUGUACCUACUGGUGUACCUAGUGGUGUACCUACUGAUGUACCUAGUGGUGUACUUAGUGGUGUACCUAGUGGUGUACCUAGUGGUUUACCUGCUGGUGUACCUACUGGUGUACCUACUGGUGAACCUAGCAGUGUACCUACUGGUGUACUUACUGGUGUACCUAGUGGUGUACCUACUGGUGUACCUACUGGUGAACCUAGCAGUGUACCUACUGGUGAACCUACCGGUGUACCUAGUGGUCUACCUAGUGUGUACCUACUGGUGGACUGACUGGUGUACCUAG